AUGGGUUUGCCUUGGUAUCGUGUUCAUACUGUUGUAUUGAAUGAUCCCGGUCGUUUGCUUUCGGUUCAUAUAAUGCAUACUGCUCUGGUUGCUGGUUGGGCCGGUUCCAUGGCUCUAUAUGAAUUAGCUGUUUUGAUCCCUCCGACCCUGAGGGACUAUAACGAAUCCGGGUCUUUGGAGUUACGAAGGGGUAGCCGCAGCACAUAUCGUGUUUUCUGGCUUGUGCUUCUUGGCAGCUAUUUGGCAUUGGGAGUGGCUUGCUUUGGUUUUGGCGCAUUUCAUGUAACAGGAUUAUAUGGUCCUGGAAUAUGGGUAUCCGACCCUUAUGGACUAACCGGAAAGGUCCAACCCGUAAAUCCGGCGUGGGGCGUGGAGGGUUUUGACCCUUUUGUUCCGGGAGGAAUAGCCUCUCAUCAUAUUGCAGCAGGGACGUUGGCUUUUAUUGUUGCUGGAACUAUGUGGUAUGGUUCUGCAACUACUCCCAUCGAAUUAUUGGUCCUACUCGUUAUCAAUGGGAUCAGGGAUACUUUCAACAAGAAAUAUAUCGAAGACAAAAGGGGGAUUAUUCCGAGCGGGUUCAAUGGACAAUGGGGAUGGAAUAGCUACGGAGACGGAAUUGUUAGAGCCGACGUCCCGUUUAGAAGGGCAGAAUCUAAAUAUAGUGUCGAACAAGUAGGUGUAACUGUUGAGUUUUAUGGUGGUGAACUCAAUGGAAACCCUCUUCAGAGAUGUUUUGCUGGUAUUGAUCCAGAUUUGGAUGCUCAGGUGGAAUUUGGGGCAUUCCAAAAACUUGGAGAUCCAACUACAAAAAGACAAGCAGUCUGA